CCUGUCUGAAGUCCAGCUGUGCUGAAGAGUCGUGUUUUCUGUGACUUACGCCUCACUGGAGAAAGAUGGGUGAUAUUUACCGCUACCCGGUUUAUUUUGAAGGUGGCAGACUGUCCCAGGAGCAGAAGAGGAGAAUUACAAAUUAUUUCAGGGUCAAACGUAAAUCAGGCGGAGGAGAGUGUUCACCUGUGGAGGAAGUGUCAGAAAACAUCUACAGGAUUGCUUUCAGACAUCGAGAAGAUCAACAGGCGGUGCUGCAGCGGACACAGCACAUCCUACAGCUUGAAGAAGAGAGUCUGACAUUGACUGUCAAGGAAAGUCUGGACCCUCAAACCUCUGGACACACCUCCACCUCCUCCCCCUCCACCUCUUCCACCUGUCCAGCCCAGACCCCACAGGUGAUUCCUCCAUCACCUCCACCCCCAAGUGGUGAAGACUAUGAAUUACAUCCUGAUGGUUUCCUGAGGGAAAGUCUGCAGGCUUCUGCCUUCUCUGCUCCAUUUGACCCAGCAGAACAGGUUUCAGUCAAGAGUCCAGCUGUGGAGGAAGUUGGAAACAGUCAAGGCAACUAUGACUCUUUACUUGAAUCCUUCAGCUCUCGUCAGGCCACAAAUGAGUUUUCCCAGGUGAACUCCACGGUAGAAGAUGUAGAGGACAGGUCUUCUUUGAGGGACAGUUUGGCCUCUGGAAACAGAACCUUGACAACAAACAGCCCAUCAAGUGGUGCAGAGAUCCAGAUGGAAGCUGCUGCACAGAUCCCAGCAGGACGAACCACCCGAGGACGCGGAGUCCACGUAGAGAUCAUUCAGGGAACCAUAGAAACCCAACAGGUUGAUGCACUGGUAUCACCAAUGAUCGGCUAUGAUCUUCAAACUACAACGAUUGGAAACACUUUACACCAGCGGGUUGGGCCACAGCUGACGGCAGCAUUUGAAGCAGCAGCAGGCUCUGACGUGAUGGUGGGCUUCCCCGUGCUGGUGGAGAACUUACCUGGACUCCCUUCACAUGCAGUGUUCUUCCUCAGUCUUUGUCCCUGGAACGGAGAUCCAGAUGGGGCUGCAGCUGAAGUUCUUAAAAUGGGCAUCAAUUCAAUCCUGACGUCAUGUGACAGCAGAGGGUUUGGAUCUGUGGUGUUUCCUGUACUUGGGCCUGGACUGAUGUUGUCUUUUCCCAUCGCUGUCGUAGCCAAAGUUUUACUGGAAGGAAUUUAUACAUUCCAACAACAAAGAACCAGCAGCAGACCCCUGACGGUCCGCAUUGUCAUCCACCCAGACGACCACGUGUCCAGUCAGGUCUUCAGGUCUGCUCAAGAGGAGAGUCAUGGAAACCAGGUUCAAGAUCAACAGUCGGUGCUGCAGCGGACGCAGCACGUCGUACAGCUUGGAGAAGAUAGUCUGACAUUGACUGUCAAGGAAAGUCUGGACCCUCAAACCUCUGAACACACCUCCACCUCCUUCUCCUCCUCCACCCGUCCAGCCCAGACCCCACAGGUGAUUCCUCCAUCACCUCCACCCCCAAGUGGUGAAGACUAUGAAUUACAUCCUGAUGGUUCCCUGAGGGAAAGUCUGCAGGCUUCUGCCUGCUCUGCUCCAUUUGACCCAGCAGAACAGGUUUCAGUCAAGAGUCCAGCUGUGGAGGAAGUUGACUCUUUACUUGAAUCCUUCAGCUCUCGUCAGGCCAGAGAUGACUUUUCCCAGGUGAACCCCACGGUAGAAGAGGUAGAGGACAGGUCUUCUUUGAGGGACAGUUUGGCCUCUGGAAACAGAACCUUGACCACAAACAGCCCAUCAAGUGGUGCAGAGAUCCAGAUGGAAGCUGCUGCACAGAUCCCAGCAGGACGAACCACCCGAGGAGGCGGAGUCCACAUAGAGAUCAUUCAGGGAACCAUAGAAACCCAACAGGCUGAUGCACUGGUAUCACCAAUGAUCGGCUACGAUCCUCAAACUUCAAGGAUUGGAAACACUUUACACCAGCGGGUUGGGCCACAGCUGACGGCAGCAUUUGAAGCAGCAGCAGGCUCUGAAGUGAUGGUGGGCGUCCCCGUGCUGGUGGAGAACUUACCUGGACUCCCUUCACAUGCAGUGUUCUUCCUCAGUCUUUGUCCCUGGAACGGAGAUCCAGAUGGGGCUGCAGCUGAAGUUCUUAAAAUGGGCAUCAAUUCAAUCCUGAAGUCAUGUGACAGCAGAGGGUUUGGAUCCGUGGUGUUUCCUGUACUCGGAGCUGGACUGAUGUUGUCUUUUCCCAUCGCUGUUGUAGCCAAGGUUUUACUGAAAGGAAUUUAUACUUUCCAACAACAAAGAACCAGCAGCAGACCCCUGGCGGUCCGCAUUGUCAUCCACCCAGACGAUCACGUGUCCAGUCAGAUCUUCAAGUCUGCUCAAGAGGAGAUUCAUCGAAACCAGGUUCAAGAUCAACAGUCGGUGCUGCAACGGACGCAUCACGUCGUACAGCUUGGAGAAGAUAGUCUGACAUUGACUGUCAAGGAAAGUCUGGACCCUCAAACCUCUGAACACACCUCCACCUCCUUCUCCUCCUCCACCCGUCCAGCCCAGACCCCACAGGUGAUUCCUCCAUCACCUCCACCCCCAAGUGGUGAAGACUAUGAAUUACAUCCUGAUGGUUCCCUGAGGGAAAGUCUGCAGGCUUCUGCCUGCUCUGCUCCAUUUGACCCAGCAGAACAGGUUUCAGUCAAGAUUCCAGCUGUGGAGGAAGUUGACUCUUUACUUGAAUCCUUCAGCUCUCGUCAGGCCAGAGAUGAGUUUUCCCAGGUGAACUCCACGGUAGAAGAGGUAGAGGGCAGGUCUUCUUUGAGGGACAGUUUGGCCUCUGGAAACAGAACCUUGACCACAAACAGCCCAUCAAGUGGUGCAGAGAUCCAGAUGGAAGCUGCUGCACAGAUCCCAGCAGGACGAACCACCCGAGGAGGCGGAGUCCACGUAGAGAUCAUUCAGGGAACCAUAGAAACCCAACAGGUUGAUGCACUGGUAUCACCAAUGAUCGGCUACAAUCCUCAAACUUCAAGGAUUGGAAACACUUUACACCAGCGGGUUGGGCCACAGCUGACGGCAGCAUUUAAAGCAGCAGCAGGCUCUGAAGUGAUGGUGGGCAUCCCCGUGCUGGUGGAGAACUUACCUGGACUCCCUUCACAUGCAGUGUUCUUCCUCAGUCUUUGUCCCUGGAACGGAGAUCCAGAUGGGGCUGCAGCUGAAGUUCUUAAAAUGGGCAUCAAUUCAAUCCUGACGUCAUGUGACAGCAGAGGGUUUGGAUCCGUGGUGUUUCCUGUACUCGGAGCUGGACUGAUGUUGUCUUUUCCCAUCGCUGUCGUAGCCAAGGUUUUACUGAAAGGAAUUUAUACUUUCCAACAACAAAGAACCAGCAGCAGACCCCUGACGGUCCGCAUUGUCAUCCACCCAGACGACCACGUGUCCAGUGAGAUCUUCAAGUCUGCUCAAGAGGAGAUUCAUCGAAACCAGGUUCAAGAGUCAAAGCGGAUCGUCAUGCUGGGAAAAACUGGCAGUGGGAAAAGCAGCCUCGCUAACAUCAUACUUGGAGAGGACUUGUUCACCGCAAAUCAUUCUUCUGUGUCUGGAACAGCCACAUGUCAAGCUGAAACCAGAGAUGUCAGUGACAGAAAGAUCACUUUGGUCGACACGCCUGGUUUGUUUGACACAGAAAGGUCAGAGGAGGAUUUGAAGCCUGAGAUCUUGAAGUGCAUUACAGAGUGUGCUCCUGGAAUUCAUGCCUUUCUCAUCGUGCUGAAAGUUGAGACAUUCUCAGAGCAGGAGCAAGAAGUCAUCAGCAGAAUAUGUGAGUAUUUCUCUGCAGAUGCUCUGAAAUACGGCGUGGUCGUCUUCACUUUUGGCGACCAGCUAAAUGAAGGGAUGAAAAUCGAGGAGUUCAUCAGUGAGAAUCCAAAGCUGAGCGACCUGGUGAGCAGUUGUGGCGGCCGGUGCCAUGUUUUCGACAACAAAUACUGGAACGACAACACGCUGCAGAACGACUACAGGAGCAACCGCUUCCAGAGGGAAGAGUUACUGAAGACCAUCGACAAGCUAACGGUGAAAAGAAACGGCAAAUGCUACACCAACGACCUGCUGCAAGGUGUGGAGAGAGAAAUCCAGAGAGAGGAGGACCAAAUCAAGCAGUCAUCUCCAGAAAACCUGCCACCAGAGGAGAUCAGAAACCAGGCCAGACGCCAAGUGGCCAACAGAUUUCUGAUCGAACUGGCCGGGGUCGCAACGGGGGCUUUGUUGGGAGCUUUGUUUGGCAUAGAAGCUCUGGUUAGAGUAGUUACAAUGGCUGUGACACAAAUAUCUCAAACAAAAUACCAAGUGAUGAAGAGAGUCAAAGGGUCAAUAGUCUGCAAAGGGUCUGCAGGAGCAGUGUCCGCAACAGCAGUGGUUGUGGGAGGGCAAGCAGCAUUAGCUGUUGGAGCAGCAGGAGGACUCGUGGGCGGUGCUAUUGGACAUGAAGCAGCUCAGGAAGCAGAAACAGUGCUGGAUGCAGUGAUAAAGGUGGGAACAGCUUUAACAGAACAAAGAAGAAAUUUAAUUCAGUCUUUAGAAGAUACACCUUGAGAAGGCCACACAUUAAAGCCUGAAGGAGAAGACGUUCAUACUGACUCACUUCACUUCUUUAGUUUAGACCAGGGCCGGUCCGUCCUACAGGUGAAGCAGUUUCCUGCCUGGGGCACCACGUACUCGGGGGGGGGGGGGGGGGGGAGCGCUGUGUGUGAGCACCGCUCUGCGCCGCUGUGAGGAUCCGCUACUCGGCACUUGUCGGCAUCGCCCCCCGCUCAACAACUCUUGGCAUUCUCAUCAUCCUUGAACUUGUGGUCUUGAGUCUUUUGUAGAUUUGUGGGUUUUGUCAUUCUGUUUUUUAAAUGUCUUUUUAGUUUGUAUUUCUAUUAUGUUUUUAUUUCCUUUAAACGUGUAAUGUUGUUUUUAUUUCAUUAUUUUGCAUCCAUGGGUUAGAAAAUCUUCUCUUUAGUAGUUUUGUGUGUUUUAUUCCUUUUAAGAUGAAUUUCUCAGCCUCUCUCUGAAGGUGUGUUGCUAUUCAGUCACAGCUUCUCAGACAGGAAACGUCUCUCUUCUCUCGUCAGCUGCAGUGAGCGGAAAUGUUAAAUCAGAUGAGGAAACAGUUUCAUUAAACUGUCCAAUGUUAACUCAUAAUCAGUAAGAGUUCAUGUAUUGUUGAUUUUCUGGAGCAGUGCUUUCUAUUAUAAUCUAUUAUAAUAAUAUAAUUAAUAAAGUUCAUCAUCUUGGAAUU